AUGUGUAAGGAGUUUGUUAAAGAUGAAGAAGAAAAGAUUGACUCUGAAGAAUAUGAUAUUAUGGGAAACAUUGAAUUUGGAAAAGGCGAAGAAGGAAGUUUAGCUAGUGCUAUGAGGAAAGAAACUGGACAGCUGAAUUCAACUUUAAUUAAGCAAAUAUGGGAUCAUAAAAAACAGCAACUGGCAAUUUUUACAGUUAAUGUUGCUGGAGAUAUGUUGGAAAUUUAUGCUAUGCGUAGGGAAACAGGCAUCCUCAAAUAUUGUUUAUUAGAACAGGUUUCAAUUCUUUUACAUAUAGCAAUUCCUAAUGAUGUCUAUAAUAUUAUUCAUACAUUGCUAACCCUAAGGGAGAUGCUUAAUAAUCUUCGUUAUGAAGAUGUUCAAAGAUGCAUUGAUGGACUCUACCAUCAUUCAUCAAAAGUGAUGCAUGCUGCUGCAAACCGUGAGGAUGAAAAUGAAGAUAAUGAAUUAUCAGAAGUGGAAGGGAAUUUAAAUAAUGAGAUUAGGGAAGGUGAUGAAGAAAGUGAUAAUGGAUCAAAUGAGUCAGAUACCAUAAUUGAAUUAUAUGAGUUAGAUGGAUAUGAAAAUGAUUAA